GGCAGAGGAGCUCGGACAGGAGACAUGAACGGACCAAAGAGGAGGAAGCUUUUACCCAAAAGAGAUGAGCAGAGCAGAGCAGAUGAUGAGAGAGGAGCAGAGGAGCUUGAAGAGGAGCAUGAAGAGGAGCAUGAAGAGGAGAAAGACAUGAACGGAGCAAAGAGGAGGAAGAUUCCACCUAGAAGAGAUAAGCAGAACGAGGCCGAUGAUGAUAGAGGAGCAGAGGAGAGAGGAGCAGAGGAGAGAGGCCAGAAGAGAGGAGCAGAGGAGAGAGGACAGAAGAGAGGAGCAGAGGAGAGAAGACAGAAGAGCGGAGCAGAGGAGAGAGGAGCAGAGGAGAGAAGACAGAAGAGAGGAGCAGAGGAGAGAGGACAGAAGAGAGGAGCAGAGGAGAGAGGACAGAAGAGAGGAGCAGAGGAGCAGGAAAUGAACGAAGCAAAGAGGAAGAAGUUUCCACCCAAUAGAGAUGAGCAGAGCAGAGCAGAUGAAGAGAGAGGAGCAGAGGAGCAUGAAGAGGAGAGUGGAGAAGAGGAGCUUGAAUGGGAGACAGGAGCGGAGGAACUGGGAGAGGAGAGAGAUGCUUCGUCCUAUGAUGCUGCAUAUUCAUUUUCCAGAAAUUAUCCUGCAAUGUCUGACAAACAGCGAGCUCCUCGUUCACCUGUGUACUCACAGUCUACAUGGCCUCCAGUCCUCCACACAGCUGCUGAUCCUGUGAGGAAGACUUCACGAACAGAGACGGGCCGUUUAACCAGGCAGUUAGAUGCUUCGUCCUAUGAUGCUGCAUAUUCAUUUUCCAGCAGAAAUUAUCCUCCACUGUCUGGCAAACAGCGAGCUCCUCGUUCACCUGUGUACUCACAGUUUACAUCGCCUCCAGUCCUCCACACAGCAGAUAAACACAGACUGAACAAUAUACAGGAAAACCAAGAAAGGAGCAAGUCUGAGUCUGGAGGACGAGAUCAGCAGAAGGUGGCCUCCAAGAAUAACAACAAAUACUACAUACUGGCUCUGAUUGUUGGUGUUGUUGUUGGUAUUGUUGUCGAUCGUCAUAUCCUCAGGCCUACAGAUACUGAAAGAAUUGGGAAAAACAUCACCAAAGUCCCAGACGGCCAAUCAUAUCCGGUGAAACCCGAUCCGGUGAAACCCGAUCCGGUGAAACCCGAUCAUCCAGAGGAAGACUUCGUACCUCCAAAGCCGAAACCUGAUGGAGGAAAGGUGAAGGUGUACUCGAAGGUUACCGGUAAAACCUUUGGAGCCCAUCAAGUCCUGCUGGACAAAGUGAAGAGUAUGAGUCGGUCAGUUACCGUGGAAACCACUGAAGACCUGCAGGAAAGCCACAUCGUUAUCGCCUUCUGUCCAAUCACGUCUCGUGUUGGAUCCGAUGUGGAGGCAGCCAUGACAGACAUUACAGGCUCCUGUGGUCAGAAACCUGUGAUCCUGGUGCUGAUGCAUCACACCCGAGAUGUCGAAUAUUCAACUGCUGGAAGAAGAUGGUCUGACGUGUAUGACAACGUUGUGUUGGACGUUCACGUCCUUUUCCACGAGACAAAGAACGGAUUACUGACAUGUCCAAAGAAUAAUGAGGCAGCUGAUGAAAUACUGGAAGGCUUCAUGAAACACAGUAAACACAAAGGUUCCUGAUAGUUUCAGAGGUUUUAGCAGCAAGAAUGAAAUAAGGAAAGCAGCAUCAUCACAUUAAAACUGUCAGUAAUUACAGAAGGAGAGAAAUAAACAUGUAUUUAAACUUUUCCUGCUGGGUCAAAGUGUUAUUUCAUGAAGUUGCUCGGCUUUACUUACAGACAGAAAACCCAACAUAAAGUGUGUUGGUAAGGUGUUGGGCUCCUUGUUAUUGAUUGAACUCUAACGGUGAGAUGAACUCCACUCUUUAUUCGGUGUUUUGAUGAUGGUGAUGGAGAGUGCUCAGUUCAGCUAUUUUCAUUAUUAAUAAGACAAGCUUCAUCUGAGGGAACUCCUGGGUUUGUCUCUAAAAUGUUUCUCAGAGAUAUAUUUAUUAUAUUAUUUUGAUUUAAGAUGUUUGUCUGUUUGUAGAUAUUUUGUUGUCUUCCAACAGCAGUAGUUAAAUGGGGAUCACAGCUUGCAGGCCAGUUAGAACUGUGGAUGAAGGUCUGCGGGAAAUAAUUCAGAUCUCAACGACUACACUUGAAUUCCCAUUGAGAGCCGUCAUCAUAUCAGAGAUACACAACCUGUAUGAGUCAUCUUUCAUCAGUACUGAAGUGAUGGAAAUGUUAGAUGACCAUUUUCCUAUCUGGUACCUGUUGAACUUGAGUGUGUCAAUAUUUUUAAAAAGCUAAAUAUUGUGUGUGAGAGUUUCUGACUAUCUGUGUCUCUGUUUUCUGUUCACUGGGAGAAGACGGCUGCUCAGAUCCUACAAACACAAACAUUUAGGAAACAUGACAAAGACUUUUCAUGUGUGUCAUAAACAUGAUGCUAAUCUAACAUGGAAUUAAUACAAAUACUGCAAAUAACAGUGAAUGAAUGCAGCCACACUCCUGUAUUUUUAUGGAUUUGCUGCUACAGCUGAUUAGACUGAUCUUUUAUAAAUAACUGCAGUUUGACAGGAAGUGGAGACAUUACAGAAUAAACUCAAGUGCUAUAUUUUGU